GACAAUUCAUUGGUGACUUACUAAACAUGUCUAAAGAAGCGAUCAGUAGUAGAAUCGGCUAUUCCUUUUCACACGAGAGCGGGACAAUAGAGGUACAAGAACUACAUGCCAAACAUUCCCUUCGAGAUGAUAACUGCGCUGCAAUGCCACAUGCGGCUGGCAGGAAGAGUUUUUGUCAGUUGACGAUGCAUAUAGUGGCAUAAGAAGUGUUUUAUGCUAAAAUGAAAUCCCAAAACUUUCUGAAAAGGGACUUGGCUACAUAAACAAGAAAGGCCGGCAUGUUUCUUAGGAACAAGAAAAAUGAAUUGUGGUCCAAGGGGAUCGACUACAUGAUCUUUACCUCGCUCUUCAGACAGAUCAUGAUCAUCGGAAUGUGCGCGGUGGACCAAACGAGCAAAUUCAGGUGAAGACGGACGAGUGCGGGAAAUAUAUAUCCGGAAUACGUUUAAAAAACAAUCUAGUAAGCUCGUUUUACAGGAAAUGUAAAACAAAGACAACUUGCUACUUCUUCGAAAGUCAUCGUGAUGUUCGAAGAUGUCCUCAUCACUUGUACGAGAAAUACGUUAGCUCAGGAAUACAGGCCGUCCAUCAUCUUUAAGAAAAAGACGUCCAUCACCUUUAAGAAAAAGCCGUCGACCAUUUUUUUUCAAAGCAUCUUAAUGAACGAUAGACUCCUUUGAUUUUUCGGGUCAGUGGUAUAAAUCGUCAGUUGUUCUUCGAAGAAGUUUUUGUUACAACAGCCAAAGCUUUUUUUUUAUUUUAAAAAUGAUUACCGAGACAUCUGAAUUGCUGUCAAAAUCUACACAUGAAACACUCCAUUGGAAUACCACACAGAAUUUGAAUUCCACAAUAAAUUUCAACACUAAUAUGAAUUCCACACUUAAUAAGACUGAACAAUCGAUGGAUGGUAACACAACAGUUGAGCCAGAAUAUGUGACAUCUACAAAUAUCAACAACAAUACUGCGGAAACAACAUACUAUCCAACAGUAGGGAUGUACGAAGAACAGACGUAUGCUGAUUAUUACUACCCUGGAUAUUCGUUCGAGAGGCCGAUAUACCUAGUUAUAUGGGAAGUGAUGGUGAUAGCAACAGCACUAGUCAACAUUUUGGUGAUCGUUGUGCUGCUGAGAAAAAAGAUGCGAUCUCGCACAAACAUGAUUCUUACAGCUAUUGCUGUCUCUGACACUUUGACUGGAGUUGUAACUCUUCCAACAUAUAUUAUGGCUUAUCAGAAAUUUGAACCCGCGCAAUCGUAUGACCUUGAAUAUGAUAGUUUGUAUUAUAGCAACUAUCCCGGAUUCACAAUUGCACCUCCCAAAGAUGCGUAUGCCUUGUCGAAAACUCUGUGCAAGUGGUUUAUGUUGACUAAGUUUUUCUUCUCAAAGAUGUUCCAUACGAUGUCAAUAUUUCUGACGUUGCUACUCGCAUUUCAGCGAUAUGUGUCCGUCGCGUAUCCGUAUAUUGCGAAAAGGUUAUUAACCAAAAGAUCAACACUGGUAACGUGUGUGCUGAUCUUCAUUUUUUCUCCCGUUCUUCAUAUUUACCACGUUAUAAACGAGAAGGCUAAAGAUGGCAUGUGCGAAUGGAAACUUGAAAACUGCGAGGGCGACUGUGCGUUCGUGUGGAUUGUCCUGAUUUUCAGGCAUUUCAUUCCAUGCACGCUACUGACCGUUUUUACAUGUCUGUUCGUGCAAGAAUUGAGAAAGUCAAACAUUAUCGGAGGGAACCGCGAACAAGUUGAGCGCCGCGAGCGAGAAAACAGGCGUGCUACCAUCAUCGUCAUAGCAAUCGUUAUCGUGUUCCUGAUUCCCGAAAUUCCCUACGGGUUCUUCCUCCUUGUUUCCGUCAUCAGCAAGCACACGAACACGGCAUUUGACUUGGAAAAGAAUCGCCUAAUCCAUGCCAUCUACGAACUCACCCUGGUCACAUCGUUUCAUGCGAACUUUUAUAUUUACACCUUCCUGAACAGUCGAUUCCGCGCAGGACUCAAGAGAACAGUCCAUUACCCCAUUCAGACGUUGCUCGGACGUCCAUACAGAUGGUCGCUGUCGCGUAGUCAAUCUGGUCGCGCUACAGAAUCGCAAAGGAGAACAUUGAGUUUAUCCAUACACUCGAGGAACGGAACCCUGCUAAGGCAGAUGAGCCCCGAUCAAGUCAACAUAGCGUUAACAGAAGAACACUUGCUGGCGGAGACGAAACUUGCAAAUGGUACAAGUAUGUCCAGGGACAACGAGUAGUUAACACUACGAAACAACCACAAUACGGCUGCAUUGCAAUACGAUGCUUCAAAUGAUGAAUAUUGAUAUAUUUAGUGUGAAGUAGAACUUUACUUUGAUGUCGAUGUAGUAAAAAGACUUCUGUUACUUAUAAUUUUAACUUAUUAUUUUUCAUCUAUUUAUGUACCUUUUCAAAUGCGAGGCGAACUAGAACAAUAUUAUUUUUUAAUAUUCCUUAACUAUAAUCAUACCUACCGUAUGUCUGACUUUAAUGUAAUUGGCAAGGCGAAAGUUCCACUAACCCAACCGACGAUGUUUUUCCUCUCGAUCUUGUGCGUCUUAACUCCCGAUGUGCCAUUAAGGUUACACACCACCAUUGUCAUUUCCUCUAUAAUUCAAUGUGAAAUGAUUAUUUUUAGACAACAUUUAAAGGCAUUUCGAGCGAAUGCAGACUAUGAUAAACAUAUAUAUUCUCAAAGUACAAGCUUUAAAUUACCUUUUAAACCAAUAAAAAAGGGGGGUCAAGUUAUUCCUAAGAAAAAUCUCUCCACUUCAAAAACAAACUCUAGAAAUUGCACAGUCCACCAUGACAGUUCUUCCAAAAUGACCUUUCAACUAUAGGGCAGCAGUUUAUACUUAAAUCUCUAUUCUAAAUGAUAAAUCAAGCAAUAAUAGAUACUCAAGGUAUAAAAGUUUCAGGAAUAAUGAUAUUUUUGAUUUUCAGUGUAUUGAGCAUGUGAAAACAUGUCUAUCAGUCAUAAAAACAUUAUUUUUUUAUUGAGAAAUUUUCCACACAACGGAAGUACAUAUGACGCAAUGGUGACGUCAUACCUUUAAAGCGACGGUCUCUUUCGAGUCUGUUUAAUAUGAUGACUUUCGAUGGAAUUGUCAGAAUUCCACAUAACAAUGAGUGAAGUUUUGCAUUUUUUGCACACCCACUUUCCGCAUUUCGCACGCAAGAUUCUCGAAUGAUAUCAGACGCUUGUGAUCAAUAGAAAAUUUAUUUUGUGUUUGUAAUAAGCCAUACAUAUUGCGCGAUUUUGUAAAUUUGAUUACAUUGUCAGUUUUAAAAUCAGAGGAAUAAUAUCCAGUGAGAGAGAAAUGCGAAUCUUUGAUACUGUCUUUGGCCGAUUGUUCAGAACUUUGGUAAUGUUGACAACUUUGUUUACUUCGUAUUUGAUAAUUUUCAACUCACCUCCGCUCUCCGCUCUUGAUGUUGAAUGGAUAAUCUGUUGUUGUUGUUUUUUGUGACGACUGUUUCAGCUGUGCUUGUUGACAUUCAAAUAUGUGAGCCCAUCUUUAAAUAGGUCUGAACAAUCAUUGUUUCUGUUUUAUUUUAUUUAACAAUAUCUCAUAUGUAUAUUUGCAUGUUUGUUUGUUUUAAUUGCUGUUGUUGAUUUUGUUUCUUAUUGUACCAUAAUUUUAAGAAGACGUGUAUAUAAUUAGCUAUAUAAUACCGAUAAUUGUAUUGUUAUUGACUCACUUGUACAUCGAAGGAUAGCAAUAUAACUUUUAACAACUUCUAUUGUUGCUGAAAAGGAGUAAAAGUGUGAACGUAAUGAACUUGUUGAAACAGAAAUGUGUGUGUACCGUAAUGUAAAUGAUGUAUUUUAUUGACUUCUUAUACCUAACAGUUUCUCUUCUUUUGAUAGCUUGGACAAUCGUCUUUUCCUUGAAUAUGCAUAUUACAAAUAUAAUUAUUUACUGAAUUAAUAAAUGCGUCGCUUUUAAAUAAAAACUUUGUAUUUUCUAACGUCUAUUUAUAAAUAUCGUCUAAUAUAUCAAUGAUUUAAUAUUGAAAUUCUUCAUAUUUGAUAACAUUGCCAACAUCCAUGAAGUAUUCGGCUCUAUCUUCAUAUUAUUUGAUUACAAGGUAUAAUACAUUCAACUUUUUAAAAAAGAAACAUAUAAACAAACAUCAUCGUUUUAAAUGCAAAAAUAAAUGCGGUAGUCUCAUCAUUUGUUGAUAAAGCUAUUCUGAAGCGUUUGUGUGUGUACGUUUUGUGUGAAACUUGACUUGAAGUUAAAUAUCAGCUCUGUAUUUGCGUAUAGAUCCGGUACUGUCCGGGAACGGCGUGUAUUCAUACUUACGGUGUCUCUGUAUAACAUUCACAUGUAAAAAAAGAGAAUUGUUACGAUCGUGUUCUUGAUUCGUCUGGAACCACAUGUACGAGUACAUGGUUAUUUAUGCAAUGAGAAAGAGCAUGAACACAUACAUGUUUUCAACGGUGAAACAUUAAUCUAACAAGAAGAAUUUUAAAUAAAAUGAAAUAGAG